GGAGCUGAGGAGCGCCAGCGCAGGGGAGGGUCGAGCCUGAGCAGGGUCCGAGCAGAGCGCGGACGGGCGAGCGCGGCAGGAUGUUCAGCUGGAUGGGGCGGCAGGCGGGCGGGCGCGAGCGCACGGGCGGCGCGGACGCGGUGCAGACGGUGACGGGCGGCCUGCGCUCGCUCUACCUGCGCAAGGUGCUGCCGCUGGAGGAGGCGUACCGCUUCCACGAGUUCCACUCGCCGGCGCUGGAGGACGCCGACUUCGAGAACAAGCCCAUGAUCCUGCUCGUGGGCCAGUACAGCACCGGCAAGACCACGUUCAUCAGAUAUUUACUGGAACAGGAUUUCCCAGGCAUGAGGAUCGGUCCUGAGCCUACCACUGACUCCUUCAUCGCUGUGAUGUAUGGGGACACUGAGGGCAACACCCCUGGAAACGCCUUGGUCGUGGACCCCAAAAAGCCAUUUCGGAAGCUCAGUCGUUUUGGAAAUGCUUUCCUGAAUCGGUUCAUGUGUUCCCAGCUGCCCAACCAGGUCCUGAAGAGCAUCAGCAUUAUCGACAGCCCUGGCAUCCUGUCCGGGGAGAAGCAGCGCAUCAGCCGAGGGUAUGACUUCUGCCAGGUCCUGCAGUGGUUUGCCGAGCGGGUCGACAGGAUCAUCCUGCUCUUCGAUGCCCACAAGUUGGAUAUCUCAGAUGAGUUCUCGGAAGCCAUUAAGGCCUUCCGGGGCCAGGAUGACAAGAUCCGUGUGGUGCUGAACAAGGCUGACCAGGUGGACACGCAGCAGCUGAUGCGGGUGUACGGGGCUCUCAUGUGGUCCCUGGGCAAGGUCAUCAACACACCUGAGGUGCUGCGUGUGUACAUCGGCUCCUUCUGGGCCCAGCCCCUGCAGAACACAGACAACCGCCGGCUCUUCGAGGCAGAGGCUCAGGACCUCUUCAGGGACAUCCAGAGCCUUCCCCAGAAGGCGGCCGUACGCAAGCUCAAUGACCUCAUCAAGCGAGCAAGGCUGGCCAAGGUGCAUGCCUACAUCAUCAGCUACCUGAAGAAGGAGAUGCCCAGCGUCUUUGGGAAGGAAAACAAGAAGCGGGAGCUCAUCAGCAGGCUGCCGGAAAUCUACAUUCAGCUGCAGCGAGAAUACCAGAUCUCCGCGGGGGACUUCCCAGAGGUCAAGGCGAUGCAGGAACAGCUGGAGAACUACGACUUCACCAAGUUCCACUCGCUGAAGCCCAAGCUGAUUGAGGCAGUGGACAACAUGCUGAGCAACAAGAUCUCCUCUCUGAUGAGCCUCAUCAGCCAGGAGGAGACAAGCGCGCCCACACAGAUGGUGCAGGGUGGCGCUUUCGACGGCACAGCUGAGGGCCCCUUCAACCAGGGCUAUGGCGAAGGCGCCAAGGAGGGCGCUGAUGAGGAGGAAUGGGUGGUGGCCAAGGACAAGCCCGUGUAUGAUGAGCUCUUCUACACCCUGUCGCCCAUCAAUGGCAAGAUCACAGGUGUCAAUGCCAAGAAGGAGAUGGUGACCUCCAAGCUGCCCAACAGCGUCCUGGGCAAGAUCUGGAAGCUGGCUGACUGCGACUGUGAUGGCAUGCUGGACGAGGAGGAGUUCGCGCUGGCCAAGCACCUCAUCAAGAUCAAACUCGACGGCUAUGAGCUGCCCAGCAUCCUGCCGCCGCACCUCGUGCCCCCCUCACACAGGAAGUCCCUGCCCAAGGCCGACUGAAGAACGGGAGGGAGGGUGUACAGCAGGGGCGGGCGGUGUGGGAUGGGAAUGGGUGGGUGGGGGUUGCCAGGCGUGAGGCCUGCUCUGCCGCUGACCUCGCCCAGGGACACACACUGCUUUCUCUCUGUGUCCUGGUCUCCCCACGUGUAGAAUGGGGAAGCCAGGCAGAGAUCCUCUCCCCUCUGAAACUCCCUGACUUGCCAUGAAAUCAUUAGAGGGAGCAGAAACCAGAGGGUAAAGAAGGAA